AUGAAUAAUAAUCCUUCACAAAACAACAAUGAUAAUGGUUAUUUGUAUACAUUUAAUGAUAACCAAGCGUAUCCAUCAAAUAUUAAUCACAAUAGUCAACUCAUGAUGAACUAUACCCAUCAACAAACUGUGGCCAGCUCUAAUGCUUCAGCUCAAGUAUACCCUCCAUUGCAUGGCCCACUUACUGGUCAAGCUAAUGCUGAUCCACCACUAUCCGCCAACAAUAUCCCUUUCCUUAACACUACUGUUGAUCCACCACUAUCCGUUAACAAUAUCCCUUUCCUUAAUUCUAAUCCUCUACAACCAAAUCAUAAUAUCUUCAGUUUUAACAUCCCUGGAUUUAAAAUUAUUAUCAUACCUGUAGACUCAAAUAUCAUUACUAAUAACCCUCAAACUCAAUUUCAACAAUCAUUUAAUAAUUAUAAUAGUUUUAGUGGCUAA